AUGUGCGGCUUCGGUCAUAGCAUAUGCGAUAGGAGAUGGGCUACAUAUCCAAAAUGCCAGCAUCGGCACUGUAGUCAGGAAGUUGGGCGGGACUUCUCAUUUCCUCGUGCAGCACCCACAUCAAAGUUGUGCGACUCAUGGCAUCGACUAUGGAAAUUUAUUCUGGAUUUCUGGGAUUUGCUCUCCAAGUUAGGAGCAACCCCAAGAAAUCUCCAACAAUCUUUGUCUGGCUGUGAGGUAUCAGAGAAAUUCUUCGGCUUUCUGGAGGACGAGUCCUUCAAGAUGGAAUCAAAGGCUUUUUUGCAAGCAGUGUUCGCUCCUGCUACUGGCCUACACAAGCCGCUUGCAGCUUUUCACAUUUAG